AAUUGUGACCAGACUCCGUAGCCAUCUCACAAAGGAACAAGGGGGACACGAAUUGACACGACGUUGUCAGUUUUUUUUUCUGGCCUCAGAACAACUUAAAUCUAAGAUCCACGCUGCCAGUGAGGAUGUUGAGCCUACUACGCCCUCUGCUGGCCAUCUGGGUGUCAUUCCUCAUCUCAAACGAGGCCGCCCCAAGAUACAGCAACGGCUUCUUCUAUCAAGACAUCACGAACGGCGAUGGCAACGGAGAGAUCUAUUUUAAUGGGGUGCGUCUCCGUGUGGAGUCCCUCCAACCGUUGGUGUCAGCAGCCAGGGGCAGCAACGUCACACUGCCCUGUUACUACCACUACGAACCUGAGAUCAACGGCCCCCGCCGGACCCGGGUCAAAUGGUCUUGGCUUCCCGCCAACGGUGCAGGCCGGAACGCCGACGAGACCGACGUGAUGGUUGCCAUGGGCAACCGCCACCGUAGCUAUGGCAACUUCAAGGGAAGGGUGCGACUUCGGCGGGCGGAGCCGGGGGACAUGUCUUUGGUGAUCAAUGAGCUGAACCUGAACGACACGGGCCGCUACCGCUGUGAGGUCAUCGACGGCCUGGAGGACGAGAGCGUCACGGUGGAGCUGGAAUUAAGAGGAGUUGUAUUUCCUUACCAUGGCCAGAAGGGACGCUACCAGUUCAGCUUCCUGGAGGCUCAGCGUGCGUGUGAGGAGCAGGAUUCGACCCUGGCUACCUUCGAGCAGCUCUUCACUGCCUGGGAGGAGGGGCUAGACUGGUGCAACGCCGGCUGGUUAGCCGACGGAACUGCUCAGUACCCAAUCACCACGCCUCGGGAGGCCUGUGGAGGCACAGACCUAGCCCCUGGUCUCCGUAGUUACGGACAGCGGCAGCGCCACCUCCACCGUUUCGAUGCCUUCUGUUUCUCAGCAGCCCCCAAAGGGACGGUCUACUUCCUUAAUCAUCCGCAGAAGCUCAACUUCACCGAGGCGGUGGCAGCGUGCGUCCAAGAUGGGGGUCACAUCGCCAACGUGGGCCAGCUCUACGCCGCAUGGCGGUUCAUGGGAUUGGACCAUUGCGAUGCCGGCUGGUUGGCCGAUGGGAGCGUCCGUUACCCCAUCGCCAAGGUCCGCCCAAACUGCGGGCCCUCAGAACCAGGGGUGCGUAGUUCUGGCUUCCCACCUCAGCAUCAAAAAUACAGUGUGUACUGCUAUCGGUAAACCUUCCAUCAACAUCAGCGCAACGAACACCAGAGCAUAAAAUAUAAGUAUCAAGCUCAACUACAUCCUAUACUAGCCACUUCUCCUUUCACCACAAACGCUGUUUCGAAACACUACCGUGGGCUGUUUGUUAGCAUUAGCAGGUCCCGCCCUUGCGGCUUUCAAAGUAGUUUAAUCGACAACUGCAUUGUCCUGGUCUCUUUAUGCAGUAACAGUCAGUUGCUACACGUUAGUCUCCAAAACCAGACUCUAGGCAGGAGCACUUCUGAAUUGCAACAAAGAUGUCUAGAGACUUCUCCCAAGAACAAGAUGCAUCGUUCUGCAGCCCCACCUACAGGGUUGCCAGAUUUCAUUGACUGUAAACCACAUGAUCACCCAAAAACUCCACAAAAAAAACUCCAAACGCAAUUUUUUUUUAUACAUACUAUCUGUAAAUUGACCUACCCAAGCCCAUUUAAUGAGUCAUUAAAAAUAUCCCAAAAUGCAGGAAAACUCCCCAUUGGGGCAAAAUUGCCUAGCGAUUCAGGUUUACAGUGUCAGGUUUGGUUCACAGUAAAUAGUAGUUACAUUUCAAACUCAGGGAUGAUGUUCAACCCCAGCAAUGCCUUCAUAAUGCUUUGUCAAUGAUAUUGUCGCCCAACAAAGCUAUUCCCUGUGUUCUGCUGAAGUGUCGCUAUCUUACUGUUCUUACUGCACUUUCAGUUCAGUUUAUGUAAUUUGUAGUCUUAGGCACAUUUCUGGAUAACCUUCAUGUGUUAUGUAUUUUGAACUCUUGUUUUUUAUAAGGGUUGAAAUGUAUUGAUUACGUCAUGACAGUAUUUUAUAACCCCCCUUGAAGAGAGCACAGUUAUGUUUUUCAUCUACAUGUUACUUUAAUUAGGUUGUAUGAGUGUAAUUACAUUUUCUACCAAAUCAUAAAAUCAAGUCUUUAAAAAAGACUUUCUUUGUGAUCGAUUACACCAUUACGUGACCUUUGUUGGAUGACGUAUGUAUUUGCAAGUUGACCACUUGAAACAAAUAAAAAA